AUGGGCAUCACGCCGUCGUCGUCGUCGUCGUCGUCGUCGUCACGUUCGUGUCCCACAUACAUGCUUUCCCCGCUAAGGUCGCCGCCGAUGCAGCCCGCGAUCAUCUGCACCAGCACCGGGGUCGCGGAGGUCCUGUGCGAGCUGCACCAUGCGCCCGAGCACUCGACCGGCACGCAACUGCGGCUGCUGGUCUCCGAGGCGCACGUCGAUGCCCUCCAGCCCUCGGUGACGGUGCACGGAUUCAAUGGCGGCCCGAUCUGGCGGCCGUGGACACACCUCACCCAAUGCCGCAUUAAGCGCGGCCGAGCCAACAAGGCCGGCUGGGUCGCGUUCUUCGUGUGCGACGUAAAUUGGGAAUGGCUCGAGUGCCGGAAUCUGGACCAGACGCACAGGCCCACCCGCCACCGCCUGGCCGUCAGCGUGACCAACGUCCAGGGCCAGGUCAUCUAUCGCCACCAGAUCACGCAGCACAAGAAGCGGAGGGCCGAGGUGCGCGAUGACGAUGACAAUGACGACGACGAUCAUGGUAAUGAAGCAGCCGAGGGUGAAGAUGCUGUGGUGCUGUGCCACUCGUGCUUCAACAAAUUCAACGCUCGCAAGGAAGGCCUUGACUCAUCUCUCCUUCAGUGCCUGCCAUUGGAGAAAGAGGCCUCAGAGUCAAACGACGAUCGUCAGCUCGCACAGCCCGCACAGACGGGUGUCGUCGAUGCGUUGCAUGGCAUAGGGCCUGUGGACGAUAUGCUCUGCGACCCUGAGGAGCUCACGGUCGAGGCCGGCCAAGAGCUGCAGCCUAUCACCUGGCGCUUGGUGGACCUCUGUAGACACACGAUCAAGGACGCCGAGGGCCACGUCAUCAUGCUCGAGAACUCCACACUGCGCGUUUCGGAACAGAGCAUCAAGUUGUCGAAAGGGGUUGCUACGUUCACCAAGCUCCAGGCAAUCAUUUCCGACGAGCAUCCUGUCGCCACCUCUCUCACGUUUCACUUUGAAGGCGAAGAUGGCAACUGCAGCUUGACGAAGCACCUGCCAGUGACCAUCACCGCACCGCUCGUGCCCAGCGAUGUCCACUUCUAUAUCCACGGGGAGCAGAGGCUGGAGCUGCAAGCUGGCCAGUCUCUCGGCGUCGUCCGCCUCGAGCUCGUGGACCAGGCUGGCCGGUCAUUCAACAGAGAGCGAAUGGUGUCGCUCUCCUUCGAGAUCCUAGGUGCCAGGUUCCGGCUCGAGGGUCAGAGCAACCUGGAGGUCGACUGUUCGCAAUUGAAGGCGCCCACAACCAGCGGCUCGUUCCCCGUACGAAUCUGCUAUCUGGGACCCGGCAAUCGCAGAUGCGACUUGGAGAAGCGCUUCCAGGUGAUCCCAGCCCAACCUCGCAAGUUGGUGCUCGGAGGAACCCCCAUCGUGAAAAAGUUCUACGUUAAGGAGGACAAGCCUGUGACGUUGGAUCUCGUUCUGCGGCUAGCCGAUGAGUUUUACAACCUGAUCGCUAACGACCAGCGGCUUCGACACCUGAUGAUUCAGCCUGUGCUCAUCGAUGGCGGGUCGAACCGACUCUCACUCCGUCCCGUCCAAUUCACGCCGGAGGGCCGGGCGCCGUUCAACGAGACACUCAGUCACUUGAAGCACACCUGUUGUCAAAUAUCCUGA